AUGCGUGCUUUAUCUCUCGACCGGGUUACGCGGCACGAGGCUUACUCGGCCAGCGGUAAGCGGUUGAUGAUGUUGAUGCCAUCAGAGUUGACUCGUUUGCGGAUGGAGCGGUUGGUGACCGACUACUUUGCCGGUCGCGAGGAGUUGUUCAUCACCAUGUUCGACAAGUUCUUCCAGGCGAAUAUGGGUGAGUUGAGCAGCAAAAACAACGACUUGGUGUCUGGCGAUGUGACGUUGUACCCGUUCCCGAACAACGGCUUCUCAAGUAUGGUUACGACGGGCGCGAAGGGCAGCAAGGUCAACUUCGCCAUGAUUUGUGGCAUGCUCUCGCAGCAGUCGCUAGAGGGAAAGCGCGUGCCUUUGAUGAUUUCGGGUAAGACGCAUCCCGCUUUCGGUCGUUGGGAUUUGGGCGCCCGAGCUGGCGGCCUCAUUACGGACCGCUAUUUGACGGGCUUGCGACCACCGGAUUACUUCUUCCAUUGCAUGGCGGGUCGUGAGGGACUCGUGGACACGGCGGUCAAGACGGCGCGUUCAGGUUAUUUACAGCGCUGCGUCAUCAAGAGUUUGGAAGGCAUGAUUGUGAGCUACGACGGCUCAGUGCGUGAAGGAGAUGGCUCAAUCGUCCAGUUCCUCUACGGCGAGGACGGUGCCGAUGUAUGUCGCAUGACCUACCUCCACAACCUGAAAGACUUACUGGCGAACCCGGCGGUGGUGCAGGCCAAAUUUGCGUCCGAAGAAAAGUUGGAUUCAGACGUGCUUAAACAGCGUCUGGGCGCAUUGGAGACCGCCCUCAAAAGUCGGGCAAAGGCCCAGACCGCGCACCGCGAAGACGACUACGACCCGCAUUUCAACACGCCACUCACCGCCAAGUUUCCGCCCCUCCUUUAUCCGGGCAGCGUCUCAGAGUGGUUUGAACAGGCAGCUGAGACCCAGGUCGCCAAGGCGGUCGAAGACCAACGCAUCCGGGAACCGCUCGUCAAACAAGGGCUGUUGCGGUCCAAAGAUUUGAAACACAAAUCAUACUUCGCCAAACCCGACGGCUCCAUGACGGCCCUCGGCCGCGUGCUGCGGCUCAAGUACCGCCAGGCCUUAGCAGAGCCCGGCGACGCCGUGGGUUGUUUAGCCGCACAGUCCAUGGGCGAGCCGGCCACGCAAAUGACCCUGAACACCUUCCACUUGGCUGGACACGGUGCAGCCAAUGUGACGCUUGGUAUUCCGCGGCUCCGCGAAAUUUUGCAGACGGCCGGUGCUGCCUCCACGCCUGUCCUCUACCUGCCCGUCCGGGGUGACGACCAAGAAACCCGCUCAGCUAACUGCCAGAAACUGCUACUCGGUUUCCGUAAAAUCAUGCUCACUGACGUCAUCAACGCCGUCGGUGUCGAAGCCAACGUCUACGCACAACCCUUCCGGAACGGCGCUGUCGGAGGCUGCAGCGAGUUUGAGACCGCCUAUGCACGUCACGAACCGCGCUACGGAGACGGAUUGCUGCGCAAGUACUGGGGCUACGAAUGCACCAUCCAAUUCGAGAAUCUCGAACACUUCUGCAAAGUCGUACCGAAGUACACGCCUCAGAAACUGGUCAACUUCACCAUCAACCGUGUCGUCAAGGAGCUCCUCAAAACCGUCAAUAAGCUUAUGGCCAUCUACUCCACCAAGGCCAGCGAAGAGAUGUGGGACUCUGACGAAGACGAACUCAGCCUGGCUGCCGAAAAAUUCAUAUUUGAACGCAACCUACGCACCAUCCAGGACAAAAAGAAGGCGCUCAAAGAAACCUUCCGCGCCGCCGGUAUCGGCUUCGGCGCCGCCGCCGGCAACGAUCGAGAUGGCGGCGAGUCUGCUGUGGACCUCGACCUCCUCGCUGCCGGCGAUACCGGUACCAUCUAUCGCAAGGGCGCACGCAAACUGCGCGGAGACGACGUCGAGGAGGCCGACGACGAAAUGGGCGACGCCGAAUUUGACACCGACAUCUCCAACGACGACUCCGAAGAUGACCUCACAGACCCCAACGGCUCCGACGGCGAGAUCCUCGACGACGAGGAAGAGCCAGCACCCGAGACGACCGCCGACGCGGAACAAUCUGCAGCGGAACAGUCUGGUGCUGAACAGACGGCCGCAGACGAAGACAUGGAGGACGAAGUCCUGACGGAGGAAGAACGGAAACGCCUGCGUAGAGAAGAGAAACGGCGCCUUAAGCGCAUGGCCAAACUCGACGAUAUAGAACCUGAUCGGCUCGAGGAGGAAGCGCUCUGGUCGGAAGGCGAAGGAGCUGGCUUCCGCUCUAAGCACCUCCCGCCGGAGGCCUCGAGGUACCUGGAGUCGAUCAAGGUGUGUCGCAAGACCUGGCGCAUCGUCAUCAAGUGGGGCUGGCCUGUGGAACGAUGUCCCAGACGGAUCGAAUUCAUGCCCUCCCUCACCAGGAUUAUCACCAAACAAGUGCUCCAAAACACUCCCGGCGUCGCCAACCCCCACGUAGUCACCAAGCAAGACACUCACACCAAGGGUGUCGACUGCGAAGUCCAGUGCGAAGGCUCCAACUUGGAGUGGGUGAGUCAGCUCUCCAGCCAGUGCGUGGACCACACGCGCAUCGGCACCAACGAUAUUCGGUCCAUCUUCCGGUUCUAUGGAGUGGAAGCCGGCAGAGCAUCCAUCAUCCGCGAACUCGCUUCGGUCUUCGGCGUCUACGGCAUCACCGUCGACUUCCGGCAUCUCUCCCUCAUCGCGGACGCCAUGACGCACUCUGGCGAAUUCCGGGCCUUCAGCAGACUCGGGAUGAGCCACCACCCCAGCCCGCUUCUCCAAAUGAGCUUCGAAACCUCCAUCAAGUUCCUUACCGAAGGUGUCGAACGGGGCGCCAUCGACAACUUGCGAUGCCCCUCAGGUGCAAUCGUCGUCGGGCGCAACACAAAUGUCGGCACCGGGCUCUCCAGACCCCUGACCCGCCUACCCGCUCAAAUACGCAUUUAA